AUGGCUUUACCCAGCGAUCGCUCUUUCCUUUCUACUGUCACACUGCAUCGCAUCAGGGAUUCCUCGGCAUCCGCCCUAGAACUGUGUUCCCUGCACAAGAGCCUGGAGCAGGAGAAAAGAGACCUGGAAGACCCCGAGCGCCCCAGACAGAGGAAGAGGAGGAAACCUCGCGUCCUCUUUUCUCAAGCCCAAGUCUACGAACUGGAGAGAAGGUUCAAGCAGCAGAAAUACCUCUCGGCUCCCGAGAGAGACCAUCUAGCCAACGUCCUAAAGCUCACCUCCACCCAGGUGAAAAUCUGGUUCCAGAACCGAAGGUAUAAAUGCAAAAGGCAGAGACAGGAUCAGACGCUGGAAAUGGUGGGCAUCCCUCCCCCGCGGCGGAUCGCGGUGCCGGUGCUGGUGCGUGAUGGGAAGCCCUGCCUGGGGGUGACUUCUCCCUACAGCUCGCCCUACAACGUCAGCAUCAACCCCUAUAGCUACAACGCCUACCCCGCGUACACCAACUACAACAGCCCCGCCUGCAACGUGUACAAAGGCAAAGAAAAUGUCAUUUGUCACCGGCGGCGUCUGGGGCUGACGGACAUGCUUCUGGGGAAGCUGUGGUGCCUCGGAGCCGAGCCUGGACCAGACGAGGGACCCAUGGCCCUGGUCACCUGGCAGAACUUCUUCUCCCGCGGGGUCACUGACAAGGGCUUGGUGUGCGCUGAUCCCCGAGGAGACGUUCUCCCUGCCUGCCCUUUGGGCGCUUAUCGCGGGAGCAGAGGGACGCGCGCAGCAUUAUCACCAGGCCAGGCUCGGAGCAGCCGAGUGGCAUUUUCCUUUCAUGCAGGCCCCGACACCAACCGCAGGCAAAGCGCUCCCAGCGCCCAGCCCAGCCCGCCGCCCCGCCUGGCAGCCUCGGAGAGCCGGAGAUAA